AUGAGGGGGCUGGUGGAUGGGCGGGGAAGAUGGCAGAAGGGAGGAGGAGGAGAGCCGGUGAUGAGUGAGAGCAAGACUAUGAACUUCUAUGAAGACGACGCGGACGAUGUUGGGGCAACGAGGAGCAGGGCAGACUCGAAAGGCUGUAGUCAACAGCGGCGUCGCUUUGGCGAUUGGGACAAUUCAUUUGUGACGGACAUCGGGGCCGUGAAGAAGCUCGACUUCUUUGUGAAUUAUCGCAGGAGGAAGACGGCGAGCCGGCAGAGCAGCGCCGCGGACGCCGUGGCUUCCGGGGCGGCGCUCGUGUCGUACUGGAGCGCGAGCGGCGGCGGCUGCGGCCGCUGCCCCGCCGGCCCGCGCAGCGCGGAGUCGGUGUUCGCCGACACGGCGGUCAUCCGCGACUGGGGCGCGCCCCACCGCACGCAGCUCUUCUUCGCCAACACGGCGUACGCCGUCUGCGACAGCGCUCGCGGCCUCGUGGAGGAGCUGGACCCGGUGCUGGCGGCCGAGAUGACGCCAACUACUCAUCCAUCCGCGGCCAAGCAUCACAUGCUCUCGUGGCUGAAUCAAAAAGCUCGCCGUUUCUUUUCGUCGGCCAGUUUAAAGGCCUUCAACGUUGUGGCGCCCAGCGGCGCGCGCUACUCCCCUACCGACCCGCGCCACCCCCCGGGCGUUUCCUGCUCUAAGCUCCGGCGCCGGCCUCGCGCCUGGCCAUCACUGCCCGCCCUGCUACCGCCUGCUCCGGCCUUGGCUGCUGCCCGCCCUGCUUCCGCCUGCUCCGCCCCCUCUCAGCGGCGCCCUCACAGGGCCUUCGCACGCCGCCCACAGCCGUUCUCGCCGCCUGCCUCGCUCUGCCCCGCCCCUCACUUUCAGCCGCCGCCUCACAAGCAUCCGCGCCCCGCCCGAAAGCGCUGCCGCUCUCCCCGCCCUGCUCCGCUCUGCCCCGCCUUGCCCCACCCUCUCAGGCGAUCGCUCUCGCGGCCUUCGCUCGCCGCCCACGCCGUUCUCUACCCGCCCCACACUUUUCAGCGCCGCUCAACAAGCUUUCAAGCGCGCUGCCGCUCUCUCCCGCCCUGCACCGCUCUGCCUCCUUUACCCACCCCGCCACUCUUUAUAUCGACGCUCAACAAGGCCCCGCGCCGCCACCGCUCUCCACGCCCUGCCCGCUCUGCCCGCCCCAGGCCCCGCAAGCGCCCCGUAACUUGGUCCAGCCGCGCCCAACAAGCCUGCGCGCGCCUGCCUCCGCCCCCCAUCGCUCGCUCCGCUUCACCGCGCCCAGCCCCGCGCCUCCCUGCGCUGCCUCACAAGUCUCCACGCCCCGCCACCGUUCGCGCCCGCCCGGCAAGCCCGCGCCUCUCUGCGUGCUUCGCGCAGACCUUACGAACGUACGCCGCCGUCUGCCGCCUUCUAGCCCUCGCGUGCCGCCCCGCCACGCGCGCGCCCCACGUGGCAUCUACACCCGUCCCCGCAUCGUCCUGCAGUUGCCCGAACCCCCUUGCGCUGCCCUGCCCCAGCACCGCAAUAUGGGAUGUCCGGCAAGCAAAACCAUCGUGA